AGACCCGGUCCUGGACAAACAGAACCAAGAGGCGGAGCUUGAGAGACAAGACAGGUCUGAUCGAGACAGAAGCUCCACCCCUCAGACUGCAAUGGACCGGAGGCGGGCCUCUCAGAUCAAGCGCUCGGCCCGGAUGUGUGGUGAGUGUGACGCCUGUCUGAGGACUGAGGACUGCGCUCAGUGUGACUUCUGUAAAGACAUGAAGAAGUUUGGAGGUCCAAACAAGAUCCGCCAAAAGUGUCGCCUCCGGCAGUGUGAGGUCCGAGCCCGGAAGAUGCUGCGUGUCAGAGACGAGGAGAUGAGUCAGAGCAGCCUCAGGGGGCGUGGCCUGUUUUAUGGAGGGGCGGGGCAUCUGACAGAUGAGGAUGAGGAAGAUGAUGAGGAGGAGGAGGGGUUCAGCGAGAGUGAGCUAGAGCUGUACGAGCAGUACAAAGCUGCUGGAUUCAGAGACCUGGUGUGGCACAGCGAGGAGGAGGAGGACGCUCAGACAGACUCACUGAGGAAGAAGGCGGUGAAGGUGAAGCACGUGAAGAGACGAGACAAGAAGCCAGAGAAGAAGAAGUCCAUUUCUGCUCCGAAACAGGAGGCGAAGCCUCGACGUCACAAAGUGAAGCAGCGUCACAGAGAGCGCGUGCGUCACAGUGAGCGUGCAGGAGAGGGCGGUGCUAAAGAUGUGGGCGGGGCUCUGAGGCAGUGUCUGGGUCCAGGCUGCAUCCAGCUGGCAAGGAGCAACUCCAAAUACUGCACCGAGGACUGUGGCAUGAAGCUCGCCGCCAACCGCAUCUACGAGAUCCUCCCCCAGAGGAUCCAGCAGUGGCAGCAGAGUCCCUGCGUGGCCGAGGAGGUGGGGCGGAGACAGCUGGAGCGAAUCAGGAAGGAGCAGCAGGCCGCCAGGCUCCGCCUCACACUGAUGGAGAAACGUUUCCACGAGCUGGAGGCCAUCAUCGCCAACGCCAAGCAGCAGCAGGUCCAACAGCACGAGGAGGUGACUGAAGGUGACGGAGACGACACGGACCUGCAGAUCUUCUGUGUUUCCUGCAGCCACCCCGUCAACCCCAAGGUGGCGCUGCGACACAUGGAGCGGUGCUACGCUAAGUACGAGAGCCAGACUUCCUUUGGGUCCAUGUAUCCAACACGGAUCGAAGGGGCUACACGUCUGUUCUGUGACGUCUACAACCCUCAGAGUAAGACGUACUGUAAGCGUCUGCAGGUCCUGUGUCCAGAACAUUCUAGAGAUCCAAAGGUCCCGGCAGAUGAAGUGUGCGGCUGUCCUCUGGUCCGAGACGUCUUCGAGCCGACCGGAGACUUCUGUCGUGUCUCUAAGAGGAAGUGUAACAAACAUUACUGCUGGGAGAAGCUGCGGCGCGCCGAGGUGGACCUGGAGAGAGUCCGAGUGUGGUACAAGCUGGACGAGCUGUUCGAACAGGAGAGGAACCUUCGAGCCGCCAUGACGAACCGAGCUGGACUCCUGGCCCUGAUGCUGCACCAGACCAUCCAGCACGACCCGAUCACCACAGACCUCCGCUCCACCAAGGACAGGUAGACUGAUGGACACAGAUGGACAGGUUCCUGGACUCUGGAGUCAACAGACAAGUUGUGAGCAGCUGAGCCAGAUCCAUGUUUUGGUUUUAUGUCAGUCCUGGUUUCUGGUCUGAGGUCUAAGGUCUGGUUCUGGUCCCUGUAAACAUCCUCCUGCUGAUUUUAUUCAGUGUAUCUUUUAUGGACCUGAUUACCCACAAUCCCCAGCAUCACUAAACGAGUUGUUGCCAUAGAGACACGUGGUUCUGUAUUCCUAUUGGCUGUGUGUCCAGGUCCAGGUGUCGCAGCUGACAUCAGCCACGCUGUGCCACGGCUGUCCCUGUUGUGUGUCAGCACACCCCACAUAGUCUACAUCCUAUGUAGUCUACAUUCUACUUAAGCCACAUACUACAUUGGUCACAUCCUACAUAGGUCACAUACUACACAGGCCACAUUUUGCCACAUCCUACAUAGGCCGCAUACUACAUAGGCCACAGACUACAUAGGCCACGUCCUAUAUAGGCUAUGUACUACAUAGGCUACAUCCUAUGCAGUCCACAUCCUUUGUAGAUCACACCCUACAUAUCCUACAUAGGCCACAUCCUACAUAUGACACAUCUUAUGUAGUCUACACCCUACGUAGACCAAACCCUACUUGGACCACACCCUACAUAGUCCACAAAUUAUGUUGACCACAUCAUAUGUAGUCCAUAUCCUAUGUAGUCUACACCCUACGUAGACCAAACCUUGUGUAUCAGAUUCCUCCAGAAAAGAUCUGAUUUGAAAUGUUUUUAACUCAUAAACUGGUCAUUUUUUAUUCCAUCAGAUUUGACAAAGUUUAAGGAUUAAAACUGUUGAUGUGUUUUUAUAUUCAGUGUUUUUAAUCAUGUUUUUAAUCUUUACUGUGUUUUUAGUCCAUAUAAGGACUUCCUGUAGUACGCACAAAUAAAAGAAUAAAGCAGGUA